AUGAGAAAGGGAGAGAGAAAGAAAGAAAGAAAGAAGAGGACUUGGGUUUGGGGGUUUGAUAUACAAAGACAUUUGAAGAUGAAGAUGAAGUCAACCAUGGGGUGUUUGAGAGAAAAGAAUGGCCUCCAUGUAUGUCAAAAAUCCAGCAAGAUUUCCAAGAACUCUUCUUCACAUAUCAGGAGUUUCCAUCAAGAAGCUCAACUUGAGACUUGUAUUUCUAACAAACACGAUGCAGAUUCUUUCUGCAAUGAAGCAACUAUGCAGGACAUUAGAAGCGAUGAAACUAACUGUUGUGAACAUCUAGAAGAAGAAAGUAUUCAGGAUCAUACACAAACUAACUGCUCUUCAGCCAUAGAAGUGGCAUCAUCAGGAGAUGAAGAUAGAAACUCAUGUGAAUAUCAAAGUUGUAAUGUCUCAGAUUUCUUCAUCUCAGACAUGUCUGUUUCAAGCCCACCCAUUGAAAGGAGCUCUUCAUCAUAUGGCAUUACAGAAGCCACAUGUUUGCCUGAUUAUGGAUGUGAUGAAUCAAACAUAUUUUUCGAUGAUGAUUACAUGAUACUUCCUUUUCUUGAAGACAGCAUUGACACUUGCAACAAGGAGGAGGAUGACAGCAGAAACAGUUUAGAACCUGUGAUGGUUUCAGAAGAAUCAAGCUUAUAUUUAGCAAUUCAUCAGCUGAGAUCAUGCAAUCAGGAGAUUGAAGUUAAUAAUUAUCCUGAAUGGGAUCCUGCUGAAUGUUUGGAUCCACAAAUGUUUGUUAAAAAUCUUCCUGACCUUUCAGAAGUUGAAAGAAAAACUGUCACAUUAGCACUUGAUUUAGAUGAAACACUGGUGCACUCUUCAUUGGAACACUGUGAUGAUGCAGACUUCACAUUUUCAGUAUAUUUUGAUCUCAAAGAGCAUACUGUGUAUGUAAAGCAGAGGCCUUACCUUAGAGAGUUCUUGGAAAGAGUAUCAGAAAUGUUCCAAAUUGUGGUGUUCACAGCCAGUCAGAGCAUUUAUGCAAAACAACUUCUUGACAUAUUGGAUCCAGAUGGAAAAAUCAUCUCUCAUAGGGCAUAUAGAGACUCAUGUAUGUUCACAGAUGGAAUUUACACCAAGGAUUUAACAGUUUUAGGUGUUGAUCUUGCCAAAGUUGCCAUCAUUGACAACUGCCCACAGGUUUUCCAGAUGCAAGUGAACAACGGGAUUCCAAUAAAGAGUUGGUUUAAUGAUCCAUCAGAUUGUGCAUUAAUUACACUUCUGCCCUUCCUAGAGACACUAGCAGAUGCUGAAGAUGUUCGUCCAAUAAUUGCCAAGAGAUUCGGUCACAUGAAGAUCUUUAAUGGGUUCAUUGUCAAAUGCCAUUCCUAUAGAUUUUGA